CGGGGGCUGGUGAGCGAGUGCAAUAACGGUAGCGGCCGCGCGGGACACGAUCGACGUCCAUCGCCCCCCCCUCCACGACUUCGACGACUUGAUAAUGGAUCGUUCGUUCAUCCCCGUCGUCGUUGUCGUAGUGUUCGUCGUGUUUGAUUUGUUUGUCUGCGGAGUUACGUCGUGGAUGCGUGUGCAGCAUGAAGGUCCCACUGCGAUGCGAGCGAAGUACUGCAGGGAGGGAGGGAGGCAGAUUUAAGGAGAGAAUUGGGUCAGUGCCCUUUGUUGGCCGGAUUUUAGUGGGAUGGGCGCUCAUCUGGAGAUAGAAAAAGUGCGACGGGGGCCGAAGUGGGGCCGUAUACGGUCAACUGUGGACAGAGCAGAGAGCGAGAGAGCGAGCUUGAGAGCCGGUGAAGGAGAAAAGUAAGACGACGACUCAGGGAGGGAGGGUGCGCAUGUAGUAGAGAGGAAGGAAGAAGGAAGAAGAAGGGGGAGAUGUUUGAUUGUGUACUUGGUUGGGUGGGACUAAGUUUGAGGUUGAGGUUGCUUUCAUGAGUGUGUGUGCCGUCGUAGAGAGUCGCAAUUGGGUGCUUGAUCAUCGGGGGGAGGACGACGACGACAAGAGGAUUGAUUCGUGGGACCGAUUUUGAACCAUGUUGCGGAGACAUUGUGGGUCGGACUUGUGUUGGGGUGGUAUCGGUUUCUGUGCCGCGGACCUACGAGGUUGUGUUGCUAUGGGUGUGUUUGUUAGCAACCCAUGCGUUGAAGGAGGUCCGCAUUGAAGGCCCCGUUUGUUGGGUGGAGCUUGGUGAGUUUCUUGUGCAGGCUGGAGUGCGCAAUUGGCCUGUGACUUGUAGGAGAACAGUGCUGCUUCGUUUGGGGUCUCGCAUUUGAGAGUUGGUGAAGAGGGCGAUUGGAUUGUGGAGUUUGGUUGGAGGUUAUGGUUCAACUCCUUCGGCAUCUCGCGGCGGGCGGGUGCUGGAGCACCCGAUGUACCCUGCAUGAUACUUUACUGAUCAUUGCUGGGAGGCGACCUUUGUAGUUAGUUUUGGUGCAUUUGGACCCACCCGACUGUUGUGUGCAGUUCCUCUGAACAGAUGUUAGACGCUCUGUUAUUGAUGCUUGGAGACGGAAAUCUCUGAAUGGGAAGAUACCAUGGAAUGAACUGGCGCAUGAAGUUAAUUUGAAGCAUCGUGUAUUAUCGAAGUAUCUGAAAAAUGGACUUUUUAGGAUGGUCGUCAAAUUAUGUGGCAAGAUGUGCCGUCUCAGUCUUCGAGGCAGCAGGAGGAAGCCUCGGAUGGCAUGAUAGCGGCACUAUUGGCGAGCUUCACAUGCGUCCUCUAGGAGAUGGGAUGAUAAAUUUUCAGCUCCAUGAUUUGCUGGACGGUCAGAAGUUGUUCGAGUACACAAUGCGAAAGCCACAAUCUUUUACAUCCCCGGUGGAUCGAUUCUUUGUCAUUAGUUUAGAGAAUGGCAGCUUUCGAGGAUUCGGGUUUGCUUAUUCGUCGGCAGCAAUUGAGAUGAAGGACAGGGUUAUCAAAGCAGUUCAACCUUACAGUAUAGGAACAACUCCAAUUCCCAUCGUCGAUGAACUUCCAACUGAGAGUUCGGGGAAGAACUCUGUUGUUUCUUAUCGCAGUGUGCCAAGGCGCUCCACCUCAAGUAGGCCGUUCAACAAUGCAGAGAGGACUACUCCGCAAACAAGAGACACGCUUCAUUCACAACUUCUUGAAUCGUCAUCAUUUUCUGGGAAACCCAAGAAGAGGAGGUCCUGGAAAGUGGGGAAAGCUGUGACCGCAUUGUCUCAUCUUUUUGUCUGGAGAAACAAUGAACUGGACAUUGGCUAUCCAACGGACGUAAAACAUGUUGCGCAUAUUGGCUGGGAUGUCCCUUCGAUAAAUGGACCAGGAUGGAUGGACGAAUUAAGACCAGGUCCAGAUUAUUCAUCCGGACCACUUUCAGAGUUCGGACAACCUCUUGGUCCAGAGUGGUAUCAUGAUGCAGCGUCUGCUUCUAAGUGGAUCUCAUCUUUUGGAAACAGAUCAGGAAUACCUCCUCUUCCUCCUAAACAAUACUUAGAUGCACUUGAAGCAAAUUCGAAAUCAAGAAAGUUCAAAGAAUCAAACCUGCGACAGAGAACGAAAUCUGCUGCUCGACGACAACGGCAACGGUAACGGUAACACCCAGCUUCUCACCAGCGCCAUCUUGCAAAGCCUUGAAUUUCUGUAGAAGCUUUGUGCACACAGCGACCAUCAGGAGCACUACUACAGUUGUAAAGCAGGUUGCAAACAUUCAUGGGUUCAUCUCCAUGUUUGUUUUCUUCUGGAGGUUGUAUCUUAAACUGAUGUUUCAGACCUACAGAUUUUGAGUUGCAGCCUCUGAUGCGACGAUGAGAGUUUGAUUAGGUUUGGUAGCACCUUGUAAUAAGACCUUGUAUAUAUGUAGGAUAACUGUUAUAUAUCCCUUCUUCUACUCCUUUCAAAUAUCAACUUAGUUUCAAAAGAAGAAUUCUCAAUUAAUACAUUUGACAGCCAUGACUGCUGUGAGUGUGUGAUGCCUUCAUGCCCAUUCACGGUGAUAAUUUCACUUUAUUUUAUUUUAUUUUUUAAAAUUAUAUAUAUUACUUGAAGGAUCA